AAUUAAACUACGUCGUUUAGUUUGAAGGGUAAAACCUAAAACCUAUAAUGAGGUACUCGUUCAUCUUUUCAUCUUCUUUUGCAGCCGCACGCCCUUAGGUAUCUGCUUCUCUUCUGCUCCACAUCGCUAGUAGAAUCGCAGAAUUGAAGUUUUUGUGAAGAUGUAUACUACAAGGCAGAAGAUUCAUAAGGAUAAGGAUGCUGAACCCACAGAAUUUGAGGAGUCUGUUGCACAGGCUUUCUUUGAUCUGGAAAACACCAACCAGGAGCUGAAAAGUGACCUGAAGGAUCUCUACAUAAAUUCAGCUAUCCAAGUUGAUGUUGCUGGGAAUCGGAAGGCUGUUGUUAUCCAUGUUCCUUACAGAUUGAGGAAGGCUUACAGAAAGGUUCAUGUUAGACUUGUGAGAGAACUUGAGAAGAAGUUCAGUGGGAAGGAUGUGAUCCUUAUUGCUACCAGGAGGAUAUUAAGGCCUCCAAAGAAAGGUUCAGCUGUUCAAAGGCCUCGUAGCCGCACACUUACUGCUGUGCACGAGGCAAUGCUUGAGGAUAUUGUACUGCCUGCUGAAAUUGUUGGGAAGCGGACCAGAUAUCGAAUUGAUGGGUCUAAGAUAAUGAAGGUCUUCUUGGACCCAAAGGAGCGAAACAACACAGAGUACAAGUUGGAGACUUUUGCUGCAGUUUAUAGGAAGCUUUCAGGCAAAGAUGUUGUGUUCGAGUUUCCAGUAACAGAGGCAUAAAAGGUUCGGGGCUGGCAUCUUUUGCAUGUUUUUUGCUGGAGAACUGCUUUAUUGCCCUAUUUAAAUUUUGAAAAAGUUGAGUUGAUUUAUCAGGAAUCUUUUGUGGUGGAUUCGUUCUCUUAAAUUUGUUCGAGUACUUUGUUUGGUAGGAUGUUGUUUAGGUAUGGGUUUUUGAAGUAAUAGGUUAUUUGGAAGUAAUGUUGUUUAAGGUAAAGUUUUUGGGAUUUCAAAACCUCCUGUACUUUUUGAAUACACCCCAAAUUAGUUUGGUUGAAUAUCAUUUGAUACCUUGCUAACAUAUCUCUUAUUUGGAAUGGAGUUGAAAUCUUGCAUUA